UUCUCCGUCCAGAGCAAACUCCGUAGUCCACAAGCAAGUCAGGUUUCUUCGCCACAGGGCACCAAGCCACCAAUCCUGCGACCAGUAUAAAGAGUGGGGGAAGAAACAGGGCAUCACCAGUUCGCCGCCACAGCACCCACCGAACACCCCACCUGUUCGUUCGCAGCGGGCCAGCAGGCAGGCAGCAGCCAUGGGCCUCUUCGGCAAGAGCACCUCCAAGCAGACCGCCAAGCUCAAGACCCUGGUCAAGCUCACCGCCACGCGCCUCGCCGCCGUCCGCCGCCCGCGCCUCGGCCGCCGCUCCAUCGCCCGCAGCGACGUCGGGCAGCUCCUCUCCAUCGGCCACCUCGACCGCGCUCUCCUCCGCGCGGAGCAGGUGAUCGAGGAGGACAACAUGCUGGAGGUCCUUGACGUCAUCGAACUCUACUGCAAAAUCCUCAUCGAGCAGGCCGCGCAGCUGGAAAACCCCAAGGAAUGCGGCGAGGAGAUCAAGGACGCGGCGGCGGGGCUGAUGUUCGCGUCGGCGCGGUGCGGCGAGCUGCCGGAGCUGCUGGACGCGCGCGCCAUCCUGGCGGACAAGUUCGGCCGGGACUUCGCCGCGGCGGCCAAGGAGGGCGCCCCCGGCGUCGUCGACCCCACGUUGGUGCGGAAGUUGUCCGGCGAGAGGGCGAGCUUGGAGCAGAAGAGGAGGUUGGCCAAGGAGAUCGCCGCCGAGAACGACAUCUUGCUGGAGUUCCCUCAGAACCCAGUAGAGAUUCGCCAAGUUGGUCGCACAACCUCACAGAUCACCAAUCAGAGAGAAAAAGAACAGUCGAAGAAUGCCCCAGCCAGAGAAUUUGUCCAGGAGAGUGCGGCCAAGACGGAUCGUCGUGAGGUGCGGGGGACGCAUAAGCCUGUUGAUGGCAAGGUGAACCCGAGCCUUGCUCAGCUGAGCGUGGACGAGAAGGUGUUGAGGGAAUCCAACAAGUACUUCGACGCCAGGAUGGCUGCGGAGGCGGCCUUCAAGUCCGCGUCGUUCGCCGCGAUGGCCGCCCGUGCUGCCGUCGAGCUGUCUCGGACGGAGUCACAGGGGAAAGGGCCGAGGGGCGGUGGCUACGACAAGGCGCGCCCCGUGCGGACCACGGCGGCAACGGAGCAAGGGACGGCGCCGCCGUCAUGGAGGCCGCAGAAGUCUCCGUCGCCGUCGCCCUCCUGGAGCGACAGGAGCACGGCGACCUCGGUCGGGUCGGACGCGGCGUACAAGGGGAAGGAAGUCUUGUUCGACCAGAGCGACGAGGAAUUGGAGGACGUCGUCUGGCCGCCGCCGCCGCAGCGCCGGCCAUCCUACAGUAGGGCGGCCUCCACGGUGGGAACGGGCGUCGGCGCCGGCGCUAGCCCGUGGCACGGGGACGCCAGAACACGGCCGUUCCAGGACGGCGUGCCCGAGAACAACCACCCGCAGCACAGGAGGCACGCCACGGAGUUCGCCGGUGGCAACGCGCGCGCGCCUGCCCUCCACGACGCCCUGGGCGGCGGCCAGCGUGGGCAGUACGUGGCCCCGCCGUACAGAAGGAACCCCGCGGCCAACACGGGCAGGAGCAGCGACGCCGGCGCCGGCGCCGGCGCGUACGAGAGCUCGGCGUACGUGCACCCGCCGUACGCGCGGAUCGUGUCGGCGCUGGAGCGCAGCAACGAGCACAUCGCGCGGCACGAGGAGGUGCGCCGGAUCGGCACGGACGCGCGGGUGCUCCAGGAGCGGGUGUACGGCGCCGCGGCGCCAGGGCACGGGCACGGGCCGCUGAACCCGGAGGGGAGGACCAACUCGGUGCGCACGCGGAGAUGAGCUCGCUCUGCGGUUGCGGCAUUUGCAGUUCGUGGCCAGUCGGCAUUCGUCAGUUCAGAGUCCAGGGUUGGGAUGGCAGCGGAAUUUCUGGCGCAGGAAAUCGGGUCCGUUGCUUCGCCGGCAGAGUGGCGGUUUCAGCGGUUUGGUGCGGGAUCCGUGGAGAUUUCCUACCUCUGGAAAUGAAAUACUCGUAGAUUUUGCUCGGACUGCAGCAUUGUUCAUGGAACUAAAUAGGGAUUAUGCAUAGGUAGGUGGCCUUUUUGUACAGCGGAAGGGUUGGGUAUGGAGCUGUGAUUAACUGAGAGUUGUUUUUUAGUUUUGUAUCGUAGGGUACUAAGCUGCAAAAUUUUCUGCUCCAGCAUUGAGCAUCUGA